AUGUUUUCGUUGCACACGUUUUUUCUUUUAUCGAUCACAACCCAAGUAUGGUGUUACAGUCCAGAGGGAUCUCUCAGAUUGAACGGGCCACUCUGGGACGUGGGUGAUCUUUACUCGCGCUUAUCAAAUGCCUUUGGAUCAGCUAGCACAACACAAUCACCACAGCCAGCGCAGGACAAUCAGAAUGGAGCUGCUUCUUGGGAUGCCUAUUACAAUGUACUAUUGCAGGAAUACAACAAAAAGAAGCAGGGAUUAUACUCUGGAAGCGAUAUUAUACCUGUUGAUCCUGUGCCUGUACCAGUACCAGGACCCCGACCUCGGCCUCCGCGCCCUCUACGACCUCUUCGUCCUCUUAGGCCACAGAUUCCGAACCGACCGAGACCAAGGCCAACUCGAAGGCCCAGAAGAACCACUACAACCAGGCGGCCGACAACAACCACCACGACCAGUUCUUCAACAACCAGUAUUCCUUUAACGACUGAGGCAGCAAGCAGCACUUCCACAGCUUCUUUAACCAAUUCAACAACCGGAACUGCUGCUCCAACGGGAGCUUCUUCUACAACGGGAGGAUCUUCCACAACAGGAGGAUCUUCUACAACGGGAGGAUCUUCCACAACAGGAUCCUUCACAACAGGUUCUUCCACAUCGGGAGGAUCAUCAACUACAGGAUCGGCAGUUUCAUCUUAUCGCCUCCGCGCCACAAAAUUGAACCCGCAAUUUACAACAGCCAAUCCGCUUUAUUCGUUUCAUAACCAACUCCAGAGUAGUCACCUUACAACUCCAACUGUUCUUAGUUUAGAGGAACAUCCUUCAUCUUCUGGUAUCCUUCAUCCUGAGCUGCAAUUAACGGUGCAAUCAGCGCCCCAGUCAAUGACAAAUUUAUGCCAUAACUAUCCACGCUUAUGUGCUCAUCCCGAAGAAGCUCAGUAUGUACGACUCACCGAUGGAUUUGGCAAGCCCAUGCUGUUAAUAUCACCUGGAGGCGUAGUAAUGCCUCAACCGCUACAGACAACUAAUGUUCGUCCGUUAAAGUCUAAACCAAAACCAUUAAGCUUGCGGCUACCCCAACAAACGAAACCCUCUAGAAGUAAAUAUAUUUACCGGGUAGUGAAAAAAAGAAUUAAUCAAGGACAUUAA